GAGCGGAGGAUCGGCGCUGAUCUUCGUGAAGACCAAGAGAUCCGCGGCCAGCCUGUACCAGACGCUGGCGAGAGCUGGAGCCCCCAUCGUCUGCCUCCACGGCGACAUGGAGCAGCGCGACAGGGACAACGCCCUGUGGGCCUUCAAGAACGGGAAGGCCAAGGUGCUGGCGGCCACGGACGUCGCCCAGCGGGGGCUCGACAUUAAGAACGUUAGCCACGUCAUCAACUACGACGCCCCGAACAACAUGGAGGACUACGUCCACCGCAUCGGCAGGACCGGGCGGGCGGGCGAGAAGGGCGAUUCCUGGACGCUGCUCUACGACAACGAGUGGCAGGUGGCACAGCAGAUCGAGAAGGUCAUGAAGAAGGCUGGCCAGGCGAUCCCCCAGGAGCUGCAGGAGCUGCUGGCCAGUGGGCGCGGCGGCGGCGGCGGCGGCUGGGGCGGCGGCGGCAGGGGCGGCGGCGGUGGCUACGGCGGGAGCAACCUCUCCGGCGAGUGGGGCGGACGCUACGCAGGACGCUGA